AUGUUGCUGCAACAAACAACCACUCAACACCAAUCCAUCGAAAACAAUCCAAGCAACACAUCCGAGUCCGAGUCCUCCUCUCAAGAUGCUCUCCAUCGAUCUCUCUUUUAUGCCAUUCACUCACACGACACUUCACUUUUUUUGAAACUUCUUCAUUCAUCAUCAAAUUCAUCAUUACUUUUAGUGAGAGAUGAAUCAAGAAGAGCAUUGCCACUUCAUUGGGCAUGCUAUUACGGAUACAAUGACAUGAUUGAACUUUUACUACAAUUCUCCUUUUCCGAUUCUUUAAUUUAUCAACAAUUGACUUGCACGACACAAGAUGAGGAAUUACAAACUCCAUUCAUGUGGGCCAUUCAAGGAGGACAUUUGAAAACGGUUCAAUUAUUGGUCCAUUUGUAUGACAAGUAUGUUUACAAGAUGAAUGAUUCAUUCCAUUCAACAACAACAAUGACAACAACAAUGACGACGACAAUGAUCGUUACACAAAAUUCCAAAGAAGAGAUCAGCAACAAAACUCGUGAUCAUCAUUCCGAGUGUUUGGUGUUGAAUCAAUUAUUUAAAACUCAUGUGCACCAUUCGAAAUAUAAUCUAUUAAUCAUGGCCAUUCAAGAUCGUCACACAUGUCUCGUUCAAUAUUUAAUGUAUCAUUUGUUGUUGCAGUCACCACCACAACGAUCGGAAAUGAUGACAACACGAUCAUCAUUGAAUGACACAAUGAUUAAAAAUUUAUAUUCAAAUCCACAAUUUUUAGAUAAGGACAAUCACACCAUUUUGCAUUGGGCGUGUUAUCAGGGACAUUUCGAUCUGGUGAAAUACAUGAUUCAAUUUUUGAAAUUUUAUUAUGUGAAUUCAUGUGAAUCACAACAUGAUCACUUUAACACGACAUUGAAUUCCAAUCUAACUUUUAAGGAUUUAACAUUUUAUGAAUGCAUGUUUCAAUUAUUGACAGCAAAAGAUAAUUCUCAUCGAACCAUUUUUCAUUGGGUUGCCCGAAAAGGUUAUUUAACAAUCAUGAAAUAUAUUUUAUUAGAAUUACUCGAAACGGAGAGAAUGAUUAGAUUAUUACAACUUAAAAACUCCAUGUUACUGACAGAUAUUUCCUCAGUGACAGAUAUUCUCAUGCAUGAGAAGGAUCUCAUGGGCUCUACUGUGAUGGAUUAUUUACAUCAAUCACUUCUUGAAGAUCACAACAAUGAUGAUCUUGCUAUAUUUUGGAAUCGAUUGAAAAUGAAAGAAAUGGUGGAAGAAUUGCUUCAUUUAUAUCACAAUGGACAAGUCUAUCAUGAAGAAAACAAGGAUGAUGAAUAUCAGCAACAACAUCCACAGACAUUUGAAGACAAAAGUCACAAUACCGAACAGCAUUCACAUGAACCAUCACUCCUCUUCGACAUGAACCUCUCUUCACAGGAAUCUAGUAGUACUGAUCAUGAUGCUUUGAUUACUCACAAAAAUUCCUCAACGAUUAUUCCAACAAGACAUGACAUGUCUCGAUGCUUUCAUAAUCCUGAACGAUUACUUACUUUGCAAGCCAACGAGUUAUUAAGUCCAUUCAGCUCUUCAAGAACAGAUUCAACGAUCAAUCUCUCCAUUUUGACAUUACUGCUCAAUAAUUCCAAAUAUAGUAACAAUAGUGUGAUGAGAAAAGCUAGAAAACGACUAUUUCUGACUAUUGGGACAUUUCCCUUAGUAUUUGUGAUCCUUAAUGUGUUUUCUCCAUUGUGGAUCUUUGUCACGAGUUUAAUCCUUGGAAUGGGUUAUAUAUUUUUCACACACCACACAAAAAAGAAUCUUUUGGAUGUUGUGAAGGGUUCAACACCCAUCGUGUCAUCAUCAGAAAAACAACAACAUCAUCAUUCACACCAGAAAAAGGAUGUUUUUUAUGUUGGAAUUUUUUUGGGUUCCUUAUUCUAUUAUUGCUUGGCGUUUUUAUGUUCUAUUUAUCCUAAAUUGGAGAGUCAGCAACAACCAGUUAUGAUUCCAUUUGUAAGGAUGAUCAUAUUUUUAUCUUUUAUAGCAUAUUCCACUUAUUUGUGGUAUCAGUUGACAUUUAAGGCCAAUCCAGGAUAUUAUCAACCAACUUACAAUGGAAAAAACUCUCCAAGUGCCAUUGAUUCUAUCUUUUUCAGUAGAGAUGGUUAUCAUGUGCUUGAACAAUCGAAACAUGACCUACAUGUGCUUUUAAGUAAUAACUAUUCGAACGAUGAAGGUCAUCACAAUGUUCCAUUUCUCACCUCUUCCUAUUUCUGUAAAGAAUUAUUGAUAAGAAAACCAGUGAGAUCUCGUUAUGACAGAAUGAGCGAACAAAUUAUUUGUCGUUUUGAUCAUUAUUGUGCCUAUAUGUUAAAUUCCAUUGGAGAACGAAAUCAUUUCAUGUUCAUGAAAUUUGUGACAUGUGUCAUGGUGUCAACAUUAAUUUUUUGUUAUUAUGGAUUGAGUGUCAUGAUGACAUUCAAUAGGGAUGUAGGAAGUGCAAGAAACGUCACUGAUGAAGAGGAUGAAGGAUUUCUAACAUUAAUUUCGAUAUUUUUGAGAGAGAAGAUUCACAUUUUGAUUCCAACCUCUUACUUUGCCUUAUUUUUAAUCUUCUCAUUCAUAUUGUGGACGCAACAAAUUUUCUUGAUUUUAUUUAACAAUACGGCGUUCGAGAUGAUGAGACCUGAUAAGCAUGUUUAUAUUAUUCAAACGAAACAAUAUUUGAAUUAUUUAAUGUUGAAAGUGGAACGCCACACAACAAAUCCCUAUCUCAUCAUGCUUUUUAAAUUCUUUGCAAAAGCUUUCAAUCCUCGAACGUAUCAACUGAAUCUAUUUGACAGGGGAAUUUUAGAAAAUGUGAGAGAAUUCAUUCAGACUGGAAACCUUCCAUCUAACAUGCCCUCUCGAUAUUCCAGUUUAUUCCAGCUCGAAUUGAAUCCGUUUGUGAGGGACUUUUGUCAGAAAUAUGAGGUGACGAUUCCAUCAACUUUGUAUCAGGAAGUGUAA